AUGAGGCAGCUCAAUCCCAGCGACAUCGACAAACUCAUCACCAUUCGAGGUCUCGUCAUUCGUUGCACGCCCAUCAUCCCCGACAUGAAGCAGGCCUUCUUCAGGUGCAUGGCCUGCAACCACACCAUUCCCGUCGAGCUCGAUCGAGGUCGCAUCACUGAGCCAGACCGUUGCCCGCGAGACAUGUGCAACCAGCAGGGCACCAUUUCGCUCAUCCACAACAGAUGCGAAUUUGCCGACAGGCAAGUCAUUCGUCUUCAAGAGACUCCCGACGCUGUGCCGGAUGGUCAGACUCCGCACACAGUCACUCUCUGCUCCUACGAUGAGCUGGUAGACGUGUCGAAGCCAGGUGAUCGAGUCGAGGUGACUGGAAUCUUUCGCAGUCAGGCGGUUCGCGUUAAUCCUCGGGCGCGCACCCAAAAGAGCUUGUACAAGACGUUCGUGGAUGUCAUUCACAUAAAGCAGGGCGACACGCGUCGACUAGGAUUGGACGCCAGCACCCGCGGUGUGGCAGAAAAGGGUGACGCCCGUCGUGCUCAGGCUCUCGGAGUCGGUGGCGAGGAAGAUGACGAUGCGGACGACGACGGUGAGACCCACACCGCUGAAGCACUCAACUCCGAGACUGAGCAAAAGAUGCGUGCGAUUGCGAACCGCCCCGAUUGCUACGAGCUGCUGGCAAGAAGCCUUGCACCAAGCAUCUAUGAAAUGGAGGACGUCAAAAAGGGCAUCCUGCUGCAGCUGUUCGGAGGAACGAACAAGACCAUCUCUUCCGGCGGCGGGGGUGGAGGUCCAAGAUAUCGAGGCGACAUCAACGUGCUCAUGGUCGGUGAUCCAGGAACGAGUAAGAGUCAGCUGCUGAUGUACGUGCACAAGAUCGCACCUAGAGGCGUGUACGCGAGCGGCAAAGGAAGCAGCGCCGUCGGUCUCACGGCCUACGUCACCAGGGAUCCCGACACGAAGCAAUUGGUCCUCGAAAGCGGUGCCCUGGUGCUCAGUGACGGAGGUGUCUGUUGCAUCGACGAAUUUGACAAGAUGAGCGACGCGACUCGCAGCGUCUUGCACGAAGUGAUGGUGGGUAUUGACGCGAGUUCGAGUGUUGUGUGCUUGACUAAUCAAAGCUUCCCUGGUGGUAUAGGAACAACAAACGGUGUCGAUCGCAAAGGCGGGCAUCAUCACCACUUUGAAUGCCAGGACAUCUGUGUUGGCCGCCGCCAACCCCGUUGGCUCCAAAUACAACGUCCGAUUGCCCAUCACGCGCAACAUCGACCUUCCACCAACGCUGAUUUCACGUUUCGACCUGGUCUACCUCGUGCUCGACAAGGUGGAUGAAGCGUCGGACCGGCGUCUGGCUCGACACUUGGUGGGAUUGUACCUUGAAGACAGACCUAGCACCGCCCCCGGAGCUGACGUGCUUCCCAUCGAGACGCUCACGUCGUACAUUGGACACGUGCGUGCCAAUGUUCAUCCCGUGAUCUCGGCAGCAGCUGGAGAAGCUCUUGCCGAACGUUACGUGGCCCUGCGAAAAGCGGGGGAAGACCCGCGCAGCUCAGAGCGGCGCAUUACUGCUACUACGAGACAGCUCGAGAGCAUGAUCCGAUUGUCUGAAGCCCAUGCGCGUAUGCGAUGGAGCGAGACGGUGGAGGUUGAAGACGUCGAUGAAGCGGCCAGAUUGAUCGCCGAAGCGACCAAAAGCAGCGCUACGGAUCCCACCACUGGACUCAUCGACUUGGACCUCGUCAACACUGGUCGAGGUCUCGCAGGCCGAAAGCUCGCAAGCGAUCUGAGACGAGAGGUGCUGAGCCUCAUUGACUCGAUGGGGGGCGGAACGAACGCUGCGGAUGGCUCGACCGCCCCAAACGUAUCGGCGCGCGCAAUCAGGUAUUCGGAGCUGGCAAAAGCCCUCGCGGAACAAAGCACGUAUGGAUCCGUCGACCCCACCGAGCUGUACGAUUUGAUGAGAACUCUCGAGACCGAGGUGAGUCAAGGCGCGUUGCUAUGAAUUGUAUGCACUCAUGCUGACAAUCCUCACUGCUCUCGUAUGGGCACAUCUCUAGGGCCUCGUCAAGAUCGCGGGCAGUGGCGACAGAAGAACGGUCAAGCGAGUGGGCUGA